UAUAACGUACAGUAUAGCGCGUGCGGGUACAGCAGGAAGCCUUUCGCAUUUUCCGUGCACCCUUACUACAGGAGAUUUCGGAGAGAACACGUCGGCCUUCGGCAUAUUCGACGGAGACAGCAGCAUCCUAAGUCUUGGCCUGGACGACACCGAUCACAACCUUUUCUCGGAGAGCAUGCCCAUGACGACGCUGGACACGGCGAGCAGCUCGGAGGACGAGUCGCAGGCUGGCCGGCUGCCUGCCUCGUUUUCGUGGCCUUGCACCGGCAACCAAGUGCUGGUGGCCAUGGCCGCCGUCUUCCAGGGCCUGCUCAUUGUCGUUACGCUCACGGCCAUCAACAAGUACGGCAUCUUUGCCGAUAUAGAACCUGCGAAGUAUUACGAGAAAGCCGACAUCCUGCAGCCAGAGAGGAACGCGGUUGACGACUACGGCAGUGCCUCUGGCAUUCCAGAUCCAGACAGGCGGAGCCCGAAGUCGACGACAACGUUCGACGACUUGGCUGUCCUCGCCUCAGUUCCUAGCGGCCUGAGACGAGCUGCGGGCACGGGCCCCAAAGCCAAUGGAAGCUCGCACGCUUGGCCUUCGACAAUUGCAGACAGCGGCAAUGGCAGCCGCGCUCUGAUGUGCCUGUUCGCGGACACGUUCGAGGGAGACUUCCCGACGCACCUGUGCACGCACCUGGUGUUCAUGAACGCCGUGAUCGACCUGCAGGCGCAGAUCAUCCGGCCAAACUCGGCCGAGCAGGGACGCGCCGUGCUGCAGCGGUUCGUCAACCAGCGUCGCGAGCAGGAGGAGGGCGGCGGCUGCCACUUCCUCGUGUCCCUGUGGGAGGCCCGGGUGACGGACACGUACCGCGACCUGUUCACCGACUGGUCGCGAGGCACCCGCGCCGCCACGCUGGCCCUCGGCUGGCUCCAGCGCACGGGGCUCGACGGGCUCGCGCUGCUCAACCUCGCGCUCACCUCGGACAGCGGGCCGGACUUCCUCAACGUCCUCAAGGUGCUGCGCGCCGUGAUGGGCGCCGACGUGGUCCUGGCGUUCGGCUUCUACCUUCCGGAGAGCUACCAGGGCAAAGAGGAGAAGCGACUCAUCAGGACGUUGCAUCAGAUAGCCAACCAGGUGAACUUCACGGUGUUCGAAACGCACGACCCGCGGCCAGUUUCGUGCAAGGUGUUCGUGCCGAACGCCUACAACAAGCGCAACGACGACCUCGACGCUCCCGACCACACGAUACUGCAGUGCCUACAGUGGAGCGCGGGCCCCGCAGAGCUUUACCAGCGCCUGCCGGGCCGGCUGUGCGUGUCGCUCACCCUGGCCGCGUUCCGCUUCAUCGUGCACGUGGGACCCGGGCACCUGGGCGCACGCUGCUACAACUACUACCCGGCGUCGCCCAGGCAGCACUGCCGGGACAAGCGGCCGGUGCACUUCGCAGAUGCGGCCAUCGGCAACUUCGCCGAGGUGCCCGCCGGCACGCAGCUUCAAUCUGUGCGACUCGAGGCCUUCGACACUGUCACCACGCUGAGGAAAAAGAUGACGUUGAUCCUGGACGAGUACCCUGCCGUAUGCGUGGCGCUCUACCACGCGGACCUCGAGGACUACCGUGGUGUCUGCGACCCGGGCGAGCCUUUCGCGCGCAUCACCGCAGUUAGGCAGAUUAUCGACUCGAAACCACCGGCAGGGACAAAAUGAUGCCACGAGUAACCAGAAGGAGCACCCAGUCUCGUCGUUAUCUGCCAUGAUGCCUACUGCAACUCUUUAUGUUUUUACGCUUAUGUCGCGUAUUGUGCCAUUAACCAAAUACAGUUCACUUGUUCAACGAACACAACAUACGUAUCUGUUUUGCGCAGUACAAUCUGGUACAUCAUGUAUGCAAACCUCUCAUAUGGUUUAAUAAAGUACUUUAGAAAUGCCUCCCAAAAAGUAUCUAGUGCCAGUUGUCCUGAACGCCUUACCUUGGCCGCUGCUAUUGAGGCACUCUCAUUCGACUGGAAACACCUGAUAAAAAUGAUAUGCAGACCCCAAGCACUAAGAAAUCAAUGUUACACGAAUCAUUUUUCAGGUAGAUAUCUAUCUUCGUUUGUGGUUCACCAAAGUAUUAUGAGAUGGAGCAACAUGUCUGUGCAACGCGAGUAUAUAUGAUAUCAGCAUGUGUGUGACCACAACUGCAAAACGACGGCGACGACGGUGGCAUGAGGACUGGUUUAUUGCACUCCGGAUACACAAAAAAAAAAAAAAAGAUUAUUAGUUACGUUACGAUCGGGGCCUAUACCGAAGGCGGUGGAAUAUUGCGUUGUGCUUCAAAGCGCUAGCUGCCACGAGGGAAGGAACGUCGUUAUUCUCUGGUGCAGAGCAUGUGUAGAGUAUUGGGCUGUUGCGAUAGGAGACCCUGCGUCAAAACCCACCGUUGGAAAACGUAAUUGUUUAUAGUAUUUGCAUUCUCUGGGAACUUGACCCACUUUGGGGCAUGUUUGUUUGUCUGUAUCUAAUCUCUCUCACAUGCCCAGUGACCCAAAUUGUUUAAUAGCUUCGGCCACUGGGAAGGUUCUGGAUGAUGUCUUGCUCAGCUGACAACAAUGGCCACUGCGUAUGUGCCCGCAUAGACAAAUCGCUGCUGGCAACUGCCUGGUUUAUGAUAAACGGCUUAGCUCGCUGGUUAUGUGGAACUAAGUAUAUAUAACAAUUAAAGAUUGCACGUCAAGAUCUUUGAUAAACACGCUGCGCUUGUACAUAACCCAAAGCUGUCUCUGCAUUGUUACUUUAAUAAUCAUCCUAAUAAUCAUAAUCCGUGAAUGAUAUCUCCACCAAUCGCCCACCUAUCGUAGGAAGAAUUGAUAAGCGCAUUAACGUCGCCAAUCAUCUCCAAAUGAUGGAUCCGCCGUCGCUUUUUUAUUAUUGAAGCGAACUUAAACGACGCGACACAGGGACCUACCUACCUACCACAAGCUACCUGGUAAAAGGCAAACGAUUCUUCGCGUUCACAGUGCAUUGUAACUUGUGAAACCUUCGACAGGCCGCGCAGUCUUCAUCCUUGGCCCCUUGUUGGGACGUUCUACUCUUUCCCCUUCCUUUUACAGUCAUCUAUGUUUCUUGCUAGAUCUGAAGUAAAAUUGCAGGUAACCGUCGGUUUUCUCUUCGUUUAUUGCUAUUACCAUUAUCUGGGAAUUUCACCCACUUAGCGGUAUGUUUGUUUGUAUCUAACUUCUUUCACGCCACAACUAGGGGCACUGGUUAUAUGCAACUGGGUAUGUGCCACUGGGUAUGUACCCAUUCAUGGUCAAUCCUUUAGAAUGGGUAUGGACCACUCCAAAAAAAAAAAACAGUUUGGUUAGUACUGACCUACGACGACUUAAGUAUCCGAAUAUUCGAAACAUGUGGGCGUGCACUGCAGCCGAACCCCUCUCUCCCGCUUACCUCUGGACACGCGGCACCUUCUGGUGGCGCCACCGUCAAGUAAGCACAUACUGUUAAAGGGAAGCUGAAAGCUUUUCCAGAAAAAAUGAGUGAAGAGCAGUACGUCGUGGUUUUCAACCCUCUGAAUUCGAAUAUCGCAUCGAAAUUGAGCGCAAGAAAGCGCAAACAUAUUUUAUUUCGACGAAAAGUGCAGCAGCAGACACGCCCAGCUCGCGCGCCUCGUUUCCGCCUGUGAUUGGUCGGGCGCCUCGUGACGUCAACAAUGGUGUUCGUCCGGACCGACUAUUGCCGCUACACACGAAGCACGAUGCAACGUAGUUUGGUGCUG